AUUUUUGGUGGUUUUACUGGGAAUGAACUUCUGUCAUCUGCUGAGAACUACAACCCUGACACUAACCAAAUGAUGGCACAGAUUAGCAGAAUGAUGUUUUCCCUGAUGCUGAGUUUGUUUCUUGGAGCCUCAACUUUCAUUCUGACUCCUGCGGCAGCAGCCUUCCAGCUGCCACCCUGCCAGCUCAUCAACCAGACAGUGUCUCUGGAGAAAGAGGGCUGCCCCAGCUGUCACCCAGUGGAGACAACCAUCUGCAGUGGACACUGCAUCACCAAGGACCCCGUCAUCAAGAUACCGUUCAGUAACGUGUACCAGCAUGUGUGCACGUACCGGGACCUGUCCUAUAAAACAUUUGAGCUUCCCGACUGUCCACCUGGCGUAGACCCGACCGUCACCUACCCCGUGGCUCUGAGCUGCCACUGCGGUCGAUGUGCCAUGGACACGUCCGACUGCACCUUUGAGAGCCUGCAGCCCGACUUCUGCAUGAACGACAUCCCUUUCUACUACUAG